AUGGCUAUCUUCAUGAACUGCAAGUCUUGUUCUGCUAUAACCACCAUUAAUACACAGCCAAACCUUCUUCUCAUAUUCCUCUUUGUUUUAACCACCUUUUCUUGGAACUCAGUUUCAUUCUUUGCUGCAGCUGUUGAUCAAGUCUCUUAUGCUGAUCAUUGUGCUUCAAUUGUUCCCGAGUCAAUCCCGAAACCACGCGCAGGAGCUGGAUAUUUUUUCAAUCACCAGAUAGGUUACUACACUGGUGGCGGCAGUGGAAUUCUUAGUCCAAAUUCACCAUAUCGGCUCAAUUCGAUUCUAUUCAACACCUGGAAUAUUACAGAAACUAAUGUACAAGGCUUAUUCAAGCUUCAAGCAAAUCUUCAAUUUGAAAGCGCCAGAACACUUUAUUAUGUGGGAGAUUCCACAAGUAGCAGACCUCAAUAUCCUGGUGGCAUCUAUAACUAUAAGGACUCUGGAUCAAAUCAAUAUAAACGAAGGUCAAUAGAGUUUCUGUUAGAUGGGUUCUGGUCAGCAUCUUCAGGGAAGCCUAUUGAGUGUUUCGAGGAUACACGAAGGUUGAGAGUUCUGGUGAAAUUUUCAGACAGUGGCACAGUCUGGCAUCGGAGGAGUUUCGAUCCCAAUACAGCAUUGGUUGGGGAAGGCGCAUGGGAUGCAAAGAAAAAUCAGCUGUUUCUUGUUGCUUGCCAAUUCUUAGAUGCAGCAGGUUCUUGGAAUAAUACUCAUGUGGGCGAUUGUUCAACAAGAUUGAACUUGAGAUUUCCUGCAAUAUGGACUAUUGGAAACACUAGUGGGGUUGUAGGGCAAAUUUGGAGCAAGAAGGCUGUGACGGAGUCAGGUUAUUUCAAAAAGAUCACAUUUGAAAGCAAUCAGAAUGAACGUAGAAGAAUUCUACUUCCAGGUCAGAAAUAUGAGUAUACUCAAAUUGAAAAAGUAACCAAGUUGUGCCCAAUAUUGAAGACUGGCGCUAAUGCUAAUAACAAGCCUAACACAUACCCGAAUCCGUUUUCUUAUGACAUGCGAUUCGAUAUGUCAGCUAAAAAUUCUAGAGGAGUAGUUUCUUGGGGCAGUUCUGUCCCUCUCUCAGUUGGCAGCCAGUUUUACCACCAGAAUUGGUAUGCAAUGAGAAAUUCAAACUCAGUUGCAAGCACUGAAGGGUACUCUGUGGAUUCUGUGAGUGCACAUGUGAGCUAUAGCUACAACCACAGGAUCACCUACAAUAUUAGCUACAAAAUUAGCAUCAAACUGAUAUCUUAUGCAAAGUUGGGAAAUACAUCAACUGUACACCAAGUGCAGAUUUCUGCUGAAGGGAUCUAUGAUGAAACUGAAGGAAGCCUGUGCAUUGUAGGGUGUAGAAAUCUGGGCUCAAAUAAUGUACAACCAACAACUGAUUCUGUUGAUUGUGAAAUUGUUGUCAAUUUUCAGUUCCCUCCAGCAAAUUCUUCUGGUUUUAUUAAGGGAAGCAUUGAAAGCACGCGAAAAAAGUCCAACCCUCAUUAUUUUGAACAUUUGGAUCUCUCUUCAGCUGCCAGUUAUGUGGAUGAAGCAAAGCGAUCCAUUUGGUGGAUUGAUGUGGAGAUCAGCUUGGCUCUUAUAUCCACCACACUUGCAUGUAUUUUUGUGGCAUUGCAACUCUUCCAUGUGAAAAGACAUCCUGAUGUGCUUCCCUCCAUUUCCAUUUUCAUGCUACUUAUUCUGACGCUGGCCUACAUGGUUCCUCUUAUGGUAAAUGAUGAAGCCAUGCUCACAAACAACACCAACCACAGAAAAGUAUUCCUUGGACGGGGUGGAGGGCUUGAAGUUAAUGAGGUGACUGUAAGGACAAUAACCAUGGUAGGUUUCUUGUUGAAACUGCGUCUUCUGAGCCUAACAUGGUUAGCAAAAGCCAUGAACAACGGUCCCCAAAACAAGCUCUGGGUCAUGGAGAAGAAGGCUUUCAUUGUGGCUUUACCAGUAUAUGUAGCAGGAGCCUUAGCUGCUUUGCUUCUGAUGAAUUGGAGGAAGAUUGGCACUAAAAGUGAUGUUCCAGUGCUUUCAGGUUAUCAAGAGCACCCCCUUCUGGGUGCCUUGAAAUCUUAUGCUGGUUUGGUCUCGGAUGGUUUUUUGUUGCCUCAAAUUCUACUCAACAUGUUCUGUAAAUCAAAGAAGAAUGCUCUGUUCGUUUGGUUCUACAUCGGAACAACUUUUGUUCGAGUUCUGCCACAUGCAUAUGAUCUUUACAGGGCUCAAAACUCUGCUCAUCACCCAUUGAAUGAAUCAUACAUUUAUGCAAGUCCUGUGGCAGAUUUUUACUCUACUGCUUGGGAUGUGAUCAUUCCUUUUGGAGGUCUAUUGUUUGCUGGGAUCAUUUACUUGCAGCAGAAGUUUGGGGGUCUUUGCAUUCUUCCUCAAAAGUUGAGAGAGUUGGGUGAAUAUGAGAAGCUCCCUACUGUUACUGAAGGGUAA